CAUAAGGAGGAAAAGCUUUCUUUUUGCACGAAGAUAGAGAAUUCUCGAAUGAAAGCGAUGCCAUGUUUCCAGCAGACUCAAGAGGACCUGCAGGUAUGCUGUGCUAGUAAUGUUUAGAAGCUUUACCGUUGAGAAGAAGUUACAAUGAGUGUAGUUACUGACGUGCUUAACUUGAUCACAUGGAGAGUACCAAUGUCCUCUCUCUGGGACUCCAAACUGCACUGCCUCCUCUUCAUUUUCUGCCUCCAUGUGACAGCAUGGCCAGCUGAAGAGAGAGGAAACAAUUGCCCAAGUUCUGAGUGGAGCAGUAUGUGUCGGCCAUGUUGUGAAUAUCACCUGAUCAAGUGUAGAUGUCCUGCACAAGGGUCCCAGGUGGGCUACACUGUUCCCUGCUGCCGCAAUGCUCUAGAUGAGUGUGAUCCCUGCAUCAUCCACCCAGGCUGUAGCCUGUUUGAAAAUUGCAAAAGUUGUCACAAUGGAACAUGGCAAACCAAUGAUGACUUCUUCAUCAGAGGGAGAUUUUGCACAGACUGUAGACAAGGGUGGAGUGGAGGGGACUGCAGAUCAUGUGGUGGGGUUAUUCAGCGGGCCCAGGGUCACAUUGCCUUGGAAAGUUACCCAACAAAUGCCCGAUGUGAAUGGAGAGUACAAGUGCAGCAGGGCCACAGCAUUGAACUACGGUUCCCAAUGUUGAGUUUGGAGGCUGACCACAACUGUCACUAUGACUAUGUUGAAGUGCGUGAUGGUGCCAGUUUGAGCUCUCCAGUCAUUGGUCGAUUCUGCGGUGAGCAGGUGCCUCCUCUACUAAAAAGCUCGGGGAACAUGCUGCACAUCCUGUUUGUCUCAGAUGGCUACAACAACUUUAAUGGCUUUGUUUUUACUUUCCAGGGUAAUUCAGUGUGCAGUCCCUCCCCCUGUUUGCACCAUGGUACCUGCAUCAUGGACCCACUUCACUCCUUCCACUGUGUUUGCGUGGCUGGAUACACGGGGCAUCGAUGUGAGAAGAGUGAGAGUUUCUCGACAGCUCCAAUAACCGGGACCCAAGCCUGCGAGCCUCCAGAGGAGCCGGCGAAUGGACAUUUCCUGCCAGUAUAUGGAGUGGAAAACCAGCUCAUAUCUGUGAACUAUUUGUGUCACCCACCUUACAAACUGAUUGGCAGCCAACAGCGGAUCUGUCUGACUAAUGCUACAUGGAGUGGCUCAGUACCCACUUGUGUUAAAGUCAACAGGAAGGACAAAGUAAGCAGGAGGCGUUGUGCCCCACUACCAAAAGUGCCUAAUGGCUACUACAAACCUGCUGCUGCCCCAGCUGGAGGUGACACGAUUGAAUUCUUCUGUAAAAACUCUUACAUCCUGAGUGGAAACCACCUCAGCACUUGCCUUUUAAAUGGAUCCUGGAAUAGCAGGCCACCACAGUGUGUGAGAGCCUGUCAAGAGCCAAAAGUAUCUGACCUUGUGAAGCAGACGGUUGUGAAGCCUCACCCGUUAUUAAGGGAAAGACCAGACCUAAGACCCAGGCAUGAAUUAUAUGAUUUUCUGGCACCAAAUUUUAAUCCACUUACAUUAGAUAAGCAGCCUGAAAGAGAGGAGGCUGCUUUAGAGGAAUUGUCUCGUGGGUUUCAUCAUCUCUACACCAGCAUUGAAUACAAGUGUGCCUCUCCACUCUAUCAACACAAUGGCAGUCCCAGACGCACUUGUCUGAAGACUGGCAGGUGGAGUGGACGCCAUGUCUCCUGUUCACCAGUGUGUGGUAAAGUUUCAAAUUUUAGUGCACAGAAUCUUACAGAGACUCAUUGGCCGUGGCACGCAGCUGUAUAUAUCCGCUCACCUUCUGCUCCCGGUGACAAUGCCCAGAGAGAUCAUGUCUUGGCCUUCUCAGACAAGCAGGGGGCCACAGAGGAGUCAGCGUUCUGGUACUUGGCCUGCAGUGGGGCCCUAGUCACCCAGCGUGCUGUUGUGGUUGCAGCUCACUGUGUAGCAGAGCAGGACAAGCAGCACCCGCUUAAUCCGGCUCAUGUGAAGGUAGUCUUGGGCAGACAAUACCAAACCUCCCAGGAUCAGACAAAAGACCUGCAACGCCUGAGGGUUUCAAAUAUUUUGGUGCAUCCCAAUUACUAUUCCUCACUGGACUCAGAUCUGGCUGUGCUUAAACUUUUGGACAAGGCUAAAAUAAGUGAGAACGUGCUGCCAGUGUGUCUACCCAAAAUGCAAGGUGGAGAGAUCACAGCCCAGGAGGCCUAUGUUGCAAACUGGAUGGCAGUAUAUCACCAUGAGCACCCAACCCACUACCUAUAUCAAGGAGAGACAGAACUUGUUGAGUUGGGUGAUGUUACUCAUUGUGAAAGACAACUUGCUCAAAGAGGAAUUCAUACCGGAGUUUUUACUGACAAUGUAAUGUGUGUUAUCCGCAAACCUGCUGGUGCCGACAUCCCUUGCCCGACUGUUAUCUCUGGCAUUACAACCAUACCAUCUGUUUCUCCCUCACAAACACCUGCCACCAGACUUACCAAUAACCACCAAGCCCCAAGCACCGUCUGGGAAUUGCUUGGUUUGGAGAGUUUCAGCUAUGAGCAAAGGACCUGCCAUCCAGAAACUUACACAGGUCAGACACGGGUAGUCAACUUCCGAGACUGGAUAGAGGAAAACAUGAAAUAGCUGUCUACAUCAAUAAUGCAGCAGAAACCAUAUUUUCAGCUUUUAUCAUCUCAAUGGGUCCUCUAUUUCUGACUGCAGUCAGUUUGCACAAGAAGGAUCUGGGGUCUCAGUGAUGCUGGAAUUUAUUAAGGGAGGUGGCCCCAGUCUUGCGUUUCCCUGCUGGUACGUCUUCCAUGGCUUCGAUAUGAUGUUUGAACACACCAGUUAUCCUCGUUUUACACUUGCUAUACAUGUUGUACUCUGUGUGUUUGUACCAUGUGUACUGUGGUGUAAAGCAUAUCUACAGAA